AUUAGAACCAUAUUACAGCCAUGUUACAAAUGUGAUACUCAGUGUUACUCCUUUUAUACAAAAGUCGAUUAAUUAGUUUAUUUUUGUUAAGUUGUUUGCUAGAUUGUCACUAGUAGUCGAAUAAACUCACUUGCUUCAACCUGAGUACAUGCCAGUGCUUCUGCUGUUGAUAUAUAUUUCACUAUUCUCUUUGAGUUGUUUAUUUGUCAUGAACUUGAGUAUGAAAGGGGAGUCAGCAACAAUGAUGUCAAGACUUAAGAGUAAAAAUGGCUUGAUAGCAAUAAUAAUCAUUUUCCUCAUCAUUAUGCUAUUGGCACGUGGAGGAAGUAGGCCUAGAGAGUUUUAUGGUAUAAUAUUUGAUGCUGGGUCGACAGGCAGUAGAAUUCAUGUUUUUAGAUUUACAAAAUAUGGUAGUGAAGAUUGGAAAUUUCAAGAUGAACUUUUUGAAUAUGUUUUACCCGGUUUAUCAGCCUAUUCAGAAAAUCCUAGUAACGCAGCAAAAAGUUUAGAGAACUUGUUGAAUAGAGCUAAAGAGUAUAUCCCUGAAAAGCAUUGGACAAAGACUCCUAUAAGCUUGUAUGCCACAGCAGGUCUCAGACUUUUAUCAGAGAGAAAAGCAGAAGAAAUAUUGGAAGAAGUACGAAAACUUUUCAGAAAGUUUCCUUUCGCAUUUCAUGAUGAAUCGGUGAAAAUCAUGGAUGCCUCAGACGAAGGGUUAUUUAAAACACUAGGUGGCGACCAAACUAUCGGAGCCAUUGAUUUAGGAGGAGGGUCUAUUCAAAUCACAUAUGUGCCAAAAGACAGAGAAAUUUUAAAAAGUUCGGCCGACCUACUACAUAAAGUCUCUGCCAUGGGUUACACAAUAACAGCUUAUACAAAAAGUUACUUAGGUCUCGGUUUGAUGUCAUCUCGCCUAAGAAUGCUCAGGGGACAUGAAUCAACAUCAAAAUUCUCAAGCGUGUGCUUGCCUGAAGGGUACUCUGGAGUAUGGGUGCACCAGAAUACGAAAUAUAAUGUAUCUGGAAAAGCUCCGAAAGCUUCAAGAUUCCAGGAGUGUCAACAGCUUGUUCUAGAUAAAGUUUUAAGAGACGACAUCUACGUAAAUCCCGACUUUUCAAGAACAAAAUUUUUGCUCCUUUCCUAUUUUUACGAUAGAGGGAAUUCUGUUAACUUAUUUAGUGGUCUAGAAGCCCAAGUUCAACCGAAGAAUUACUUGGAUAUGGCUAAAAGAAUAUGCGAUGACAAGCUAAACCAAAGUCCAAAACGCUUUUUGUGUUUUGAUUUAAUUUACUUGGGAACUAUUUUACAAGAAGGAUUUAAAUUUCAUGCUACAAACAAUUUUGAUGUUGGUGAUUUAUUUCAAUAA